GGUUUGAAUGAAAGGCGAGGCGAGCCCUGCCGACACCAUGCCGCGCCGGGAGUAGCCCCGCGCCCGCCCAGACGCGCCUUUCCUCCCCUUUUUCCUCCCCUCACCCCUUUUUCUUUUCUUUCCCGUUUUGGUUUGCUUUGCUUUUUCCCCCUCCCUCCUCCUUUCCUCUUCCCCCCACCCCUUUGGGCUGAGGGGCGGAGGGGGAGACCGGCGUUGAGGGAAGAGCGGCGGCGAUUCCGGAGUGAGCGCCCCCCCCUCCUGCUUUUCUGCUCCUUCCUCCAACAGGACGCCCCCCUCCCUUCUUCUUCUUCUUCUUCUUCUUCUUCACCCAGGCGCGAGGGAGGGGGGAAAUCCCGCCGAGGAGGAGGAGGAGGAAAGGCAGAAGCACACCUCAAGAUUCCAACAAACCCCAACACAAACCAUACCUUUUGUUAUAUAUAGAUCUGUAUUGAACAAUCCUUAAUUUCGUGGAACUGGGAGAAGAAGGCGAAGAAGUCGGGGAAAGAGUGGAGGACUCGCUUUCUCUCUCCAUCAGUCCUGUCAGGAGACGUGGUUUCGGGGAAAGGCAAGGCAAGGAAGGAGGAAGGCAGGCAGGCCCGGGGGCAACAUUGCUGCUGCUUCUGCUGCUUCUGCUUCUGCUGCUACUCCUCCCUGUCAACGAGUUUCCCCGCACCGGCGCUCCGGAUUCCAGCUACAUGGGCAAACGCUUGGAACAGCAACCAAUGUACCCCCAGUACACUUAUUACUACCCUCAUUAUCUCCAAACCAAGCAUUCCUAUGCACCAGCUCCUCACCCCAUGGCUCCACCCAGCCCCAGCACGAAUAGUAGCAACAACAACAGCAACAACAGCAGUGGCGAACAGUUGAGUAAAACCAACCUGUACAUCCGAGGCCUUCCACCCGGAACCACUGACCAGGAUCUUAUCAAGCUGUGCCAACCAUAUGGAAAAAUUGUAUCCACGAAAGCAAUUCUAGACAAAAACACAAAUCAGUGUAAAGGUUAUGGUUUUGUAGAUUUUGACAGUCCAGCAGCAGCACAGAAAGCAGUAGCAUCUCUUAAAGCAAAUGGAGUGCAAGCCCAGAUGGCAAAGACUGGUUUCUUCCCAGGCUGUGGAGCUUCCUUCCAAAGGAGGCAACAAGAACAAGACCCUACAAAUCUUUACAUCUCAAACUUACCCAUUUCCAUGGAUGAGCAGGAGCUGGAGAAUAUGCUGAAACCCUUCGGACAUGUCAUUUCCACCAGAAUAUUAAGAGAUGCAAAUGGUGUCAGUAGAGGAGUCGGCUUUGCCAGGAUGGAAUCUACUGAAAAAUGUGAAGUAGUUAUUCAGCAUUUUAAUGGAAAGUACCUGAAAACACCCCCUGGUGUGCCAGCCCCAACAGAACCUUUGCUGUGCAAAUUUGCUGAUGGAGGGCAAAAGAAACGACAGAAUCAAAGCAAGUACACACAGAAUGGGAGACCAUGGCCAAGGGAAGGAGAGGCUGGCAUGGCUUUAACAUAUGACCCUACAGCUGCUAUACAGAACGGAUUUUAUUCCUCACCGUACAGUAUUGCUACAAACCGCAUGAUUCCACAGACAUCCAUCACGCCAUUCAUUGCUGCUUCCCCUGUCUCCACAUAUCAGGUUCAGAGUACUUCAUGGAUGCCUCAUCCGUCAUAUGUUAUGCAACCAACUGGUGCUGUGUUAACGCCAACAAUGGAUCAUACAAUGUCCAUGCAGCCUGCAAGUAUGAUGGGCCCCUUGACACAACAGAUGAAUCACCUUUCCUUGGGCACAACAGGAACGUAUAUGACAGCUGCUGCACCUAUGCAAGGGACCUACAUUCCCCAGUACACUCCUGUGCCUCCAACAGCUGUCCCUCUUGAAGGUGUUGUUGCUGAUACCUCUCCGCAGACUGUAGCAUCUUCAUCACAGGAAACCAGUGGUCAACAGCAACAGAUGGCAGUGGAAACAUCCAAUGAACAUGCAUCUGCAUAUUCCUACCAACAGUCAAAACAAUAAACAGGACUGAAAAAUGUUGCUCUGAAAAGUUUGCCUUGAAUAGAGAAACUUCAUUGAACAAGAAGUUGGCUUCCAGUUUGCACAGGCGUCAACAGAUUUUUCUUUUUCAUUUUCUACCUUACCCAACAAAAAACAAAACAGUGUUUCUAUGUGCUGUGCAAAUUGUUCAGUCAUGUAGUCUGAUAGUUUUAUUUUUGCUAUUUUUUUAUUAAAGAAUAAAAGACCCACAGCGAAACACUGGGUUGAUAUUUCAUCUGAAUGAACAUUUGAAAUUCAGAAUUUACUUGCAAGUGUAGAUAAUUUGUUUCUGUUUUCCAAACAACAACAGAGAACCAAUGAUGUCACGAGGGAGGAGGCUGAGAUGAAAACUAAUGAUCUUCCUCAAGAAUCCAGCUAUUCUUUCCCCCUUUCUUGUUGAAUUCAAAUGUGUGUUUGAUUUAGGGUUUUUGUUUAUGAUUUUUUUUAAAAAGAAUUGUUUAGGUAAGGUUUAUCUUGAAUCUUAAUUGCCUUAAUUUUAAGGACGUCAAAGGCUCUCAAGGCAAGCUGUCAACGUCUUGGUGAAAGAAAGGAGAAGGAAUUCAAAAUUAGACCAGGAUCAACUGGGGAUGAAGCUCAAGAGACUGAAUUUUUAGAUGAACGGCAACAACAAAAUGAUAAACUGUACAGUUUACCAGAAAAUGAUUUUUUUCUUCUUUUGAAGAAAACCUGUUGAUAAAGGAACUGUGGCAACUUCAAGAAUUAAAAAAGAAGACUUUAAUGAACUUUCUUCAUGUUGACAGAGAAGAAUAUAGAAGGUUAAAGUGUUUUACAAUAAAAUUAUUGAAUGGGGUGGGGAGGGGGAUCAACUUGCAUUUUAAGGAAUGCAGGUUUUUUUCUUGCAGAAUGGAGAUUUUUUUAAUUUACAAAGCGUGAUCGCUGGCAAAAGCAUUAGUGCUUUUUAUCUGCAGUCUUUUUUAUGAGCUUUAAAAAAGUUUUUAGUCUGCUUUGCUUGUCACAUUGCAAACACCUAGCUUAAAAGCAUUUUUGGGGGGAGGGGGACUUACGUAGAUAGGAGCUUAUGGUCAAAAAAAGUGCAAAAAAAAGCAAUAGCUAGAAGAAAUUGUUGACAAUUUCUGUAGUCUUUCCUAGUUGUGAUCAAAAUGCAGCCUAUGGAUGGCCUAUUUUAUACCAAAGAUGAAAUGACACCCUACCGAAGUCCAGAAGAUAGAGGGGUUUUUUUUCUUCUUUCUUUCUUUUUUUAAAAAGAAAAAAUCUUUAUUUGACCUACAUGGCCGGACCAGUUUGUAUUUUUAUGUUUGUUUAAACUAUCUUCCACUGGUAUUUUGCGUCCUACAUACUUAGGCUUCUAAUGGAAAGAUCUGAGUAGUUGGCAUUUAGCACCGCUUAGCAGAAUUUCACAGCAUGAAGGGAUAUAUGGGUGCCGGCUCUUCUACCCAGGCAUGUUUUAACUUUGUUGCAUUUUUUGUCGCAUUGUCCAGUUUCUUUCUUACUGUCUUCCUUCUUCAUAGCAUCCCAGGCCCAUUUCUUCUUUUUUCAUCUUCCAGGACCAGAAAAAGUAGUCCUCAGUUUGUAUUUGGGUGUUGUAUUCAAGUUAGUUAGAGAAUACCAAUGACAAGAGAGGUUUGGUGUUUUCAUUUCACUCUCCUGUGCAAGAAGAAAAUGUUAAGGUGGCUCACAGUUCUUUCAUGCAAGCACGAAGUUAACAAUCACUUUAUACUAACUGGCUUUUUGUGGUCUUAAUAUGUUUGCUGACAAUCACAAAUUAUUCUGAUUAGGCAAAAGACAAUAGUAAUUAAAUUGAAUCAGUGCAAACCUAUUUUUAAAAAGUAAAAUGAUAUAUGGAAUCUUUAUAUGGAGGAUUUAAAAGAUGGCACCUUGUGUCCCUUCCUUUCAAAAUGAGAGAGGGAUAUCAUGCAGUGACAGUUUUGAGACAGGCUGGCCAUGGAGAAAGGACCUCCAGAUCUUGCCAGCAAGGUAUGGAAAGUUUUCCAAGUGUGCAUUCCAUUCAUUUUCAGCUCCCUUACACUCCACUACAUUUUCUGAAUUUAAAAGUGGUACAAGAAUCUAGGAAUCUCUUCCUUGCAAGAACUAGUUAAAGAAAAUGAAGCUAUGUAUUGUAAAAGCUCUAUGAGUGGUCUGUGGUUCAUGGAGAGAACUCACCCUCCCCCUUGCCACAUGAAUCAGGGGCUGUCCCUCAUCGUGCUCAUGAAAAGGGGACUUAGAACUCCUAGAGACUUUUGCCCCCAAAUUAGACCUGUCAUGAGGAAACAUCCUUUAUAAGAGACAACAAAAUCUAGCAAAGGAAGCACUUAAAAAUGAACCAAAAUAUUGAAAUGGCCCUACAUUUGGAGGAAAAUGAAAGGGUCAUUUCAGUGACUGAGGUAUAUUCAGAACAGGGUAACCAUAUUGAUAAGAAAUAGAUAGAUAAAAUAUAAACAAUUUAACAGGUUUAUUUUGAAUUAACCAGAUUCAAUUAAACCUACCACAAAAAAUCAAUUGUAAUGAAAAGAGGGUUGUGCAGGAGCACUGUCGGGUUUGUGCACAGAAUCUGUGGUUACUUUGAAUAACUUUUAAAAGAAGCAAGUAUUUUUUUAAGAAUUCUAAAAAGGUUUUCCUUAUUUUUCAUGUAGUUAUCCUAGGUUUGGUGGGGAUAGGGUUGGGUUACCAGAACAAAUGGCUGCUAAACAUUAAAAAGGAAAAAGAAAAUAGGAUAACACCUAGUGAACCAGCACAAACAAGAGAGGCCUUGGUUACCUGGAAAAUAUUCUAAAUGUAGAUGUGGGAUCCAGUAACUACAGGUUAACUUUUCUGGUGAAAAGGACCACACAGCACUGGGGAGGGGGGUGUCAAUAUUAUGUACAGAGAUCUCUAGCAUCUUCCUUUCUUUCAUGCGCUUUGACAUUGCUGUUUUCUUUAUGCGAGUAUCACUUUUCUUUUCUCCUCCAGAAAACAAAGUGUCAAUUGGAGUGAUGUAUUAAAAAUAAUCAAGCAAGCCUUAUUUUCUACCUUUUUUUCUUCUAUGUAUAAAUAGGGUUUAUCCUUCUGUGGCACAUUGCUGUUGGAUAUGAAAGAAGCAUGUGUUUGGUUUUUUAUUGUUUCUGUAUAAAUUCUAGUUUGGCGCAAAGAAAAGUCUCAUUGCUGUUGACAAUGAGGCUGCAAGGUAGCUACCAUGUGGCUGAUGGAAAUGCUGGGUACCUUCCUGUGUCUAUUCGGAACUCUGCUGCUUUAUUUAUAAAUUCUGAUCAUUUUGUUCAGGUAUGUUCAGCAGAUCAGAUUAAGCUAUCACAGUGGGAUUAUUCUUGAAAGUCAAGCACCCCUCUUCAUCCAUCAUCAUCAAAAAAUUAACAAAUAGAUUGUAUCCAUUGCUUCAGGCAUUCAACCAUUUUGUGUUUUAUUUUUUAAAAAUUUCCUUUUUGAUUUUUUUUGCAAAGUUUGCCCUUUAAUAAAAAGCAAAUAAUGAAAUAUCCUCUGCCCCAAUGGGUUGUCUCACCAUUUGAGACAGAACUUGCCUAAAUUACCUUGAGAGUCACCAGUCAUAUUGGCAGAUUCUAGGAAUUGUAAACCAAAAAGUGACUUCUCAAGCUCUACGUUGAUAAAUCCACUUUGAUGCACAAACAA